AACCGCCGUCCGGGGAAGCGUCCGGCCGCCCGCGGCACUGCCUUCUAUCCCCGGAAGCGAGCCAACACGGCUUGCCAGGUCUGCAGAGCCCGCAAGACCAAGUGCGAUAACAAGAAGCCCGCCUGUAGCUACUGUGUCAGCGUCGGCGCCACGUGCAUUCAGUCCCCAGUGGAUCUCUCAAGCUUCGACCCCGCCAGCCUGAAGAUCCUCGAUCGUAUCGACGAGCUGGAGCGUCUACUGCGGCAUGCUAGUUCCAGUGUGAGCAGCGUCUCGGGUCUCAGGCCUCUGGAAGACGAUCUGGACCUGAGCAGCCUGCUGCCUCAGCGUGUGGACCACAUCCUGCAGUGGCCGGCCUUCCAGAAUUCCGGUACCCACCACCAUUCGCCAGCCUCAUAUCGCGCCCCUCCCGAUGCCAUCUCAACCCCUCCCUCCGGAUCAGCCUCGCUGGCUGGCCUCAUCGACAUGGAUUCCCACCGCAUUUACAGAUUGCUGGACAAUUUCUUUCUUCAUAUUCACUGCAAAAACCCAAUCCUUGACGAAGUCUUGGCCCGCCGCAUGGUUCUCAACGCCUUUCUGGAUGGCAUAGACUGGUCUCCCGCCUCGUGCCUUGCCCUCAUCAUAUGCGCCCUGGGCUGCAUUGCCACGCCCUUUGGCCCCAGUGGGGAAACCAAACUGGGCACUCAGACCUACAACGACUCUCAGAUCUUCUUCCAAGCCGCCCAGAAGCGUAUUGGCAUCUUGCUUGUACGCUCCGACAUCGUGGGGGCGCAGUGUCUGUUCCUGUCGGGCGUCUAUCUGAUGAUGGUCUUCCAGCCCGUCUACGCUUGGCGCUUCUUCUCUCAGGCCUUAGCCGCCUGCCAACACUUCCCCUUCUUGGCUCGGGCCCAGAACUCCAACACCUCACUGGAUUCCAUGGAGAUGGGCCGCCAAGACACCCAAGAGCAAGCCGUCUAUUGGUCCGCAUGGAAGUCGGAACGAGAGCUACGACAGGAGCUAGACCUUCCUGAUUUCGAUAUCCUCCACUCUGGCAGCACCUUAUAUCCGCCCUUCUUCCCCGCACCUCCGGUUGCCCCGGCCGAGUCUCCGGACGGCCCCGACACCGAAACUCAGCGUGCUCGUGCCGCUUGGCUCUUCUACCUGGCCGAAAUCUCGCUUCGCCGCCUCACUAGCCGUCUUUCCAGAGAGGCGCUGGACCUUCGUCAGCGCUAUGCCUCUGAUUCUAUGUUGCUAGACGCGCUUUUGGACAUGAUGCCCGAGUACGAGGCUCAGGUUCGGGAAUGGUCGGAAAGCCUCCCCGCGGACCUCUCCAUCCAUACUCCCGUGGAGGAGGAUGGUAUAUGUCGGUCGGUCCUCCGAGGGCGGAUGAUUAACUUGUUUGAGCAGAUAUACUGGCCCUUUGUCAUGGCCAGCAUCAGUGCUCACGCCGCGAGGCGUCCUGUUAAGCCCACCGUGGCAGAGUUUGCCAAACGCGGGCUGGAGACACACAUGCAUCAGGUGCAUGUAAACAAACCUGGCUUCCACCACCGGCACCAUGGAAGCAUGUUCAUGAUACGAGCCUGCACUAGAAGUGCUUUGGUUUUAUUGGCGGCCGCCAAAGCCGGUUGCGCCAUGCCCACCGACUGGGAGGAUUCUGUUUACAAAACCGUCGGCAUGCUAGCCUACUGGGAGGAUGAGGACCGAGACUUGAUACAUUGGAGAUCAACGUUGGAG